UUCCAGCUUGGCGUGGUAGUCAUGUCGCAACGGGAGGCGAAGAAGGGCAAGCGCACCCUGGUGGUCCUACUAGCAUGUCUCUACUCGCUGUCCAGCGAUGGAUGGGUUAUCAAACCGGCACCUGUUUCUCAACGUUUACCCUCGACAAGGUUUCAAACAGCGAACUUACACGCGCACGGAAGCAGAGGCGGCGAUGUUCCUGCUGGGGAGGCUGAUUGCCGUGGACAGCGACAACGCGCAGGUCCAGGCCCGAGCUGGCGCAGCAUCAGCAGCAGCAGUCGAAGCCGCGGCCGGGGUCUAGCGAGUGACUUAGGGGCAAGGCUUCGGAUCCCAUCCACCCGACGAGAGUGGCCAAUAGCGGCUAGCACACAGAGUGCCGAGGUUGACGUCGGGGUGGCCGGCGCAGAGCACGACACGCUGGAGGGUGGCUCGUUGUCCGACGCGGACCAAGGGGUCGGAUCGAAGGCGACACCUAGCAGCGGCGUCGCUGGUAGCAGCCUGGAUCGGUUCUUGUUGUUGCUGGGAGAAGACGACACGAAGAAGCUUGGCGCUUGGAUGUUGUUUGCACUGGUGCUUUCUAGGCUUCGGUACUUCUACGGGGUGAUGUUGGGCACGUUCGUGAUGUCCUACAUGGGCAACUCCGCGAUUGAAGUUUGCAUGCGGAAGGGGAACAACGCAUUGAAGAGGACGGGUGAACGUCUGGGGUGGAAGCGAUUGCCGAAAAAGCUGCCUCGGUCGGGAUACGCCUCCGUGUACAUCCUGCUGCUGAUGACGGUCAUCACGUCCCUCACUGUCAUCAUCGCACCGAGACUCACGGUUGAGUCUCAAAUCCUGGUCCAAAAACUGAGUGAGCAGGACAAUCCCUACACCAUCAUCGCGUCAUGGAUGAGGAGGAACUUCGGAGAGGAGGCUUUGGCACGGCUGGAACCGUUUUUGCUGUCCGUCACCGGAGACCAAGGCAGGAUUUUCGCAGGAUACCCGGACAGCUCGUUGGUGACGAUCACGUCCAAGCUCCAAGAUAAGGCUGCGUGGGGCGAGCAGCGCUACGCGCGCUUCGCCAAGCUGCUGCAAUUCUGUUUAAGCGACUACUUCAGGAAGGGGCUCAACAUGUGCAGUACCGUGGUCGGAGACCUCACCAAGGUUCUCUAUAAGGCGAUGGUUUCUCUGUUGUUCAGCUUCAUGGUGAUCUGGGACUUGCCCAACCUUCGUCGGGGUGUGACCGCCCUCAAGACCUCAAGGCUCAGCUUCGCGUACAACACCAUAUCUCCCCAGGUGAGCAUAUUUGCCAAGCUGGUUGGGCAGAGCUUCGAAGUCCAAUUCACGAUCGCGGUCAUCAACACCAUCCUCACUACAGCAGGUCUGAUCGCCCUGGGUGUGAGCGGGCCACUAGUGCUGUCCUUCAUCGUGUUCCUCUGCAGCUUUGUGCCUGUCAUCGGCGUCUUUAUCUCCACCUUGCCAAUGGCUGUCGCUGCUCUGGGUGACUACGGCAUGUCCAAGGUUUUCCAGAUUUUGCUGAUGAUAUUCGGCGUGCACGCUGUUGAGGCCUAUUUCCUCAAUCCACAGAUCUACGCGUCGAAGCUCAAGCUUCACCCCGUCGUGGUGAUCGGAGUCCUCUACGUAGCCGAGCACCUGGUCGGAGUGCAGGGGCUCAUCAUGGCGGUGCCGUGCGCUGUCUUCGUGAUCAACAACGUUAUUCUCGGCAACGUUGGUGACGAUGCCGCGGACGAGAGCGACUCCGUCGCAGAGCCUGCUUAGUCUAGCACCGCUAGGUCGGCGCCGUUCGGACUAUUCCGCUCGGACAGGCGCUUCACGUAAUGAACAACGUUGGAGAGCUGCGUGGAAUCGCAUACGCUUUGGUGGAUUAAGGUUGUAAAGGGCGUGUUGGUACCGGUUCUCGAAUCAUGGUUUUUGUUCUAGGGCGUGGGGUGUAGAUGGGUUUAACCUGUUCCCGAAUAUAAGUUUCCGCAAGACCGGGGUGGGUGUAUAUCGGCAUGUGAAGCGGGGGGCAGAGCGCCUGAUUCGUAUGCAGGUGUGGUUGCAGGGUUGUCAUAGAGGCAUGCCUACGUUCCCUGUGGUCUGCGGAAGGUGAUCGUCUGCUUGGUUGAGCGCUGUACACCACUGUGGGUGAUGAGGUAGGCACUCCGAGGGGUAAUAAUGUGUUUUGUCUCAGUAACUGGGCAACAGAUCGUACUCUUGGGCAUCGGCACCAUGCGAAGCUGAAGAGGGGUAAAUAGCCAUUCGAAACGAGUCGGUGUUGUGCGAUAUAGAGGGGGGGGGAAUAUGUACUUCAAGUCAUGUGUUGGGCGUCUCUCGUGCGUGAUGCGUGAGAAAGGCGUUUGUUGCUUCAAGGCUCUCCUGUAGUUUCAGCAAAUGUAUCGUCUGGAUGAUUGCACUCAUGCUGGGCCUUGUUCCUGGAGUGUUGCCGAACGUGUUACAUGCAUCUAUCGUUGCACGGCGAGGUCGAUAAAGGGAUUAUCGCUAUACGUACGUGCUCCACGAGCAACAAGCUGUAGCUUGCGCGGUUUUAGCGUUUGGGGGUGGGUGGAAUAUCGGACGUGUGCAAGCGUUUACUUAAAAGAGCUCUGUUGUUGAUAUUGCUCUACGUGGAAGAACCGAUAGCAGGUCGUAGACAUGAUUUAUGUGUACAUUACUUUAGUACAAAAACGUUUACAAGGAAGGAAUGCUUUAGCGGCAGGUUCCAGAGGAUGGCCCAGAA